AUGGGAAACGAGCUUGCUAGAUAUAGGAAUCAUGAAAAAUAUCCCUCUACAGGCCAGACUAGAAAAGGAGGUUUCGGAUCCACGGGAUCCUCCCUCGCAUGCCUUACUAUGAGCAUGAAAGAGAGACCUAUGCUUAAAUUAAAGAUUAGAGGUAAACUAUUCUGGGAACUCCUAGAUACAGGAGCAGACAAAAGCAUUAUAAAUUGUCUAGAUUGGCCUAAAGCCUGGGCUCUAGUUAAAGCCAGCCAGACCCUCCGGGGACUAGGGAUAGCUACCAGUCCUGAUAUUAGUGCUGCAUCUCUGGACUGGGAGGAUGAGGAAGGACAUAAAGGCAUUUUCCAACCAUAUGUCUGUUCCACCCCUGUUUCUUUGUGGGGGCGCAAUGUGCUGGAGCAAAUGAAUAUCAAACUUACUACAGAAAAGUUAUACAGUGAGGCCUCCCAAACCAUGAUGAGAAACAUGGGAUAUAAGCCUGGCCAAGGGCUUGGGACCAAGGGCCAGGGAGAUCCCAAUCCGCCUUCUAUGGGGGGUCAGGUUUUUUCCUAG